UAACAUCUUUGAUUUUAAUUUUAGCAUUUCAGUACACACCAACAUAACACAAGAUUGUAGAUUGGUAACGGUGGGCUUGACCCACCUUGAAAAGUUUAUUAUUAUAUUGUGGGCCGCUGAGAAUGAAAAAAUAAAAGGAAAAAUUAUCAAUUGCAGUUGCAGCCCGCUGCGAAGCGCGGCAGGCCCAUCUCGUAGGGGUUAAAUUUGAGAGCGUAGUGAGAACUAGGGUUUUUCCAGUUCAGAGAAUCACAACAACAGCAGCAGAAGGAGGAGCAAAGCGGCGACGCCAACAUCUCAUAGCCAUGGUUCUCAAAACUGAGCUAUGCCGCUUCAGCGGCCAAAAGAUUUACCCCGGCAGGGGCAUCAGGUUCAUCCGUGCCGAUUCUCAGGUUUUCCUCUUUGCAAACUCCAAAUGCAAGAGGUACUUCCACAACCGCCUGAAGCCUUCGAAGCUUACCUGGACCGCUGUGUUCAGGAAGCAGCACAAGAAGGAUAUUGCUGCUGAAUCUGUCAAGAAGAAGAGAAGGACCAACAAGAAGCCUUACUCAAGGUCCAUUGUUGGUGCUUCGUUGGAGGUCAUCCAGAAGAGGAGGGCUGAGAAGCCAGAAGUCCGAGAUGCUGCUCGUGAAGCUGCCAUUCGUGAGAUCAAGGAAAGGAUUAAGAAAACCAAGGAUGAGAAGAAGGCCAAGAAGGCGGAAGUGACCAAGUCUCAGAAGGCGCAAGGUAGCAAGAUGCCGAGAGGGGCUGCACCCAAGGGUGGACCCAAGCUUGGUGGUGGUGGUGGAAAGCGAUGAAUAUGAUGCUCAACAUUUUCCCGCCUGGUGACAUUUAUGUACUAGUUAAGUAGAAACGACUUUGAGCUACGUGUUUCUGUAUUUUGGAUAUGCUUCAUCAACAUCAGUCUUCCUUUUUAAGGAUUUUCGAUAUGAAUAUUGAGAUGUUACUUGGAGCUGAGUAUUCAUUUCAUUUCAAGGAAAGGGGUUUUGACUAUGUUCUUUGCUUUUGCUGGCUUAACCUACUUUUGUUCCUGGGUGCUGCGUGAGCAGGCUGGGGUAGUUGUGGUUUGUUGGCGAGGUUAGAUGGAUAGGUUCAUGAAUCAGCUAUAGAACUGCAGACUGCAGUGAUGUUUUCGAUUUGCAGUUCAUGGUAUCAGGUUCAGAUGGUACUUGCAAGGAUGGCUACAUGAAAGCUCCUAGUAGAGUGUCCCUCUCUGGUGGUUAACUGCAGUGAUAUUUUCCGUUUCCAGUUCAUGGUAUCAGGUUCAUAUGGUGUUUGCAGAGGCUGGCUACAUGAAAGCUCGUGGUAGAGCAUCCUUUCUGGUGGUUACUUGUCUUGUGCCUUUACAUGUAGCCUUGUUCCAGCUCAUUCUUUCUUUUUGUUAAAAAUGACUGGUACCUUAGGCGUCUUAGCUCUUAAUAGGAAUAAGAUGUUCUUGUGAAA